GUCACGUAAACUCGUGUUUCGCAAUGCAUGGUGGGAUAUUCAAUUCUUGCUGUGCUGGCUUUUGCUUCCUUGUUUGACGACAUUGGAAAGGUCUCGCAGGAAAAAUUUAGACUCUGGUUAUUCACGAAGAUGGUCGAUGAUCAUUGGGCUGCUCGUCAUGACAGAAACAAAGUUGACCUCGUCUUCAUUGUCGACUGUACAGGUUCCAUGGGUCUUCAUAUCAAGCAAGCGCAAAAACACGUUCGAAGUAUCGCCGAAACUGUUUCGCGAACUGCAUUCAACGUGAAGCUUGGGCUGGUAGAGUACAGAGAUCACCCUCCCCAGGAUAACUCAUUUAUAACGAAAGUUCACGAUUUUACACAUUCCGUAGAGGAAAUGAAAAAAUGGGUGGAUGGUAUGAGCGCAAGAGGCGGUGGAGAUGGUCCUGAGUCAGUGGCUUGUGCUUUGGACGCAGCUUCCAAACUCAACUACAGAAAAGAUGCUACCAAGAUUUGUGUUCUCAUUGCUGAUGCCCCUCCUCAUGGACUUGGACUAGAGCAUGAUGGUUUCCCUGAUGGCUGUCCAACAGGCAAUGACCCUCUACAGGCUUGUAGAGCUAUGGUGGAGAAGGGAAUUGUACUGUACUGUGUUGGAUGUGAACCAAACAUCCUACGCUACAAAGAUUUCUUUAUGGGUUUGGCAUACAUAACUGGUGGCCAGUAUGUUCCUCUCUCCAAAGCUCAGGGAUUAUCAAAGGUAAUAAUAAAUGCCUCACUUGAGGAGGUUGCCCAUGAGAACAUUAUGGGAUAUGUUGAAGACUUCUUAAACAUGGCCCUUGAAGAAAUGAAAGGAAAGAAACAGAAGGUAACAGUAGAUGACUUGGCUGAAAAACUUCAAGAGCAUUUGAACCUGAGAAAUGUCAAAUCCCGCCAACUUCAGUGCAACUCUGCAGAACUCCAGCCCCCCACACCAACAGCAAAGAGAAUUUCUGGGUUAAAAAAAUUGUCACAAGUUCAGCAGUUCCUGGAGAAAGACACUCCAAUGGACUACAGAUUAUUUUACAUGAACAAUGUCACAGUGGAGGUCACCAUAACUGAGCCAGCAGAAGUUACUAAACUCUUGUCUGAAAGGUUACUUACGAAGGCACUUGGCAGGCAGAAAAUACCUGUGGAACAUGAUGAAGAAACUGGUGAGAUAACCAUUGAGCCAUUUAUGUCUGGAGCAAGUCCUGCAGUGUAACUGAAUGACAUUUUUAUGAAAAGGGUUUCAAGAAUUUUUGACACAGAUUCAUGACAUGUGCGGAAGUAUUCAAGUGGACUCCUACAACACAGUUUAUUUUAGCCAAGAACCAACUUUCUCAAAAGCUUUUUCCUUUUCCUGAACAGCAGUAGGUUAGCCCCUUAUCCAGCACAUAACUUCAAGUAUCGCCAAAUAUCAAUUUAUGGGAACCAUGAGGGAACCCAUGUAUGGUUACUAUUUUGUUGUGAAUUGUAACAUAGGAAAUAUCCUUGAGUAAGGAGUAAAGAAACUUGACAAUGAAUUAUAUUAA